AUGGACGACACUUCAGUUAACCCCGCCUCAGUUUCUGAGGCUGCCCAGUCCAUGACUGGCUCAGAUGCUGCAGACCUAUCGCACGCCGGUUCUGGUAAUUUGCCCCCUCUCGCCAUCAAUGAAAGCUGUAAAGUUGAGAAUGCCACCGGAUCUGAUAACCCUCUUGAUGCCCCAGCCUCUCCCAAGCCGCAGAAUGGCGACGCCGAGCCAGAGGAUGAGGAAAUGGGAGGCACUGAAACCGACACCAAACGCGAUACAGAAGGAUUAGAGGAUGCCGCCGGAGAGUCGCAAGCUCCCGCCGAUGCUUCUGAGGGCUUGGAGGAUGCAGUUGGUGAAGAUCAGGCCGCACCAACCAAGGCCUCCCUUGAAGUCUCCGCCCGCGAUCACCUUGUGACUCAAACCCACGCUAUCAUCCUUCCCAGUUAUGCCAAUUGGUUUGACAUGAACACCAUCAACCAAAUUGAGAAGAACGCUCUCACCGAAUUUUUCAAUGGCCGCAAUCGCAGCAAGACCCCAGCUACAUACAAGGACUACCGUGACUUCAUGAUCAACUCCUACCGAUUGAACCCUAUUGAAUAUCUGAGUGUCACUGCUUGCCGACGUAACCUGUCUGGUGAUGUCUGUGCGAUCAUGCGUAUUCACUCUGUCCUUGAGCAGUGGGGCUUGAUCAACUACCAGGUUGACCCCCAAACCCGACCUUCUAACAUCGGCCCACCAUUCACCGGCCACUUCCGUGUCAUUGCGGAUACUCCUCGUGGUCUGCAGACCUUCCAACCUGGCCCGAAUCCCAUUGUUACCGCUGGAAAGGCUCUCCCAGCUACCGACCGCGCAGCUUCUUCCACUCCCGCACUUAAGGGCGAACUCAACCUCGACGUUCGUCGUAACAUUUACGACCAGAAGGCUCAGGACAUUCUCGCCAAUGUCGAGAAGCAGACGAACGGCGAGCCGACAAAUGGAAUCGAUGUCCAAGAACCCCGCAAGAAGGUCCACUGCUUCUCUUGCGGUAUUGACUGCACCCGAUCUCGUUUCCACUACACCAAGGCAGCCCCGAUCUCAGCCAACGCGAACACGCCCGACACCAAAUACGACUUAUGCCCCAACUGUUUCCUUGAAGCCCGUAUGCCCUCCAGCCACAGCGCUUCGGACUUUGUCAGAAUCGAGGACAAGACGCACUCACACGCCGCUGACAAGGAUACCCCGUGGUCUGAUUCCGAGCUCCUGUUGCUCUUGGAGGCCCUGGAGAGCUUCGAUGAUAACUGGGACCAAAUUGCCAACCACGUGGGUUCUCGUACCCGCGAGGAGUGCGUCAUGAAAUUCUUGGCGUUGGAGAUCGAAGACAAGUACCUUGAUGAGUUGCCCGAGAUUCGAGCUGCCCCCGGUCGCGAGCCUAUCAGUGCAUCGCAAAACCCCAUUCUGUCUGUUGUCGCAUUCCUAGCCCAAAUGGCAGAGCCUGCCGUUGCUGCUGCUGCUGCUGGCCGAUCCGUUGAUGCCAUUCGCAAGGAGCUCCGUGCUCGGUUGGAGAAGGGCGAUGGCAAGACUCAGGAUUCUGUCAAGGCCGAGGAUUCGAUGGAGGUUGACACUGUUUCUGAGAGCGAACAGCAGGCUGAGAAGGCUAAGGAGUCCGUUUCUACCAUUGCUCUGGCCACCUCAGCCGCCCGUGCCAGUGCUCUUGCAUCACACGAGGAGCGCGAGAUGACCCGACUGGUUGGUACUGCGGUCAACAUUACCAUGCAGAAGUUCGAGAUUAAGUUGCAGCAGUUCAACGAGAUGCAAGAAAUCAUUGAGGCCGAGCGACGUGAGCUGGAACAGGCUCGCCAGCAGCUUUUCUUGGACCGCAUGGCUUUCAAGAAGCGGGUCAAGGAGGCCCAGGAUGCCUUACAGGCUGUCAGUCUGCAGGGCCCCAAUGAGCACACCAACACCAUGCUCGCCAGUGCUGCUACUGCUGGCAUUGGAAACCACUACAGCUUCCAGCCUGUUGGUGGUGAUGCACGAGUUGGUGCUCAGCCUUUGAGCGCCGAGGCUGGCGCUGAUUACAAGACCCUCGAUCUGUAA